CUCCCUCAGGGCUCAGCUCCUCUCCUCCUCCUCCGUGAUUCACUCAGACCUGAAACCUGCAGCUCGUCUCUGGUUCCGUCAAACAUCUGGAGACUUUAAAAACUUUUCGUUUUACUCCCGCGGACGCGACUCCUCUGACUCCUCUGACUCCUCCUGCUCCGGCCCCGGUUCCGCGGACCCCUCGGACCCCUCGGACCCCUCGGACCCCUCGGACCCCUUUGGACCCGUCCGGCCCCGGUUCCCGGGACCAUGGGCUCCGUGCUGCCCGGCUCGUCUCUGGGCCUGAAGCCGUCCUUCAAGCCUCUGUCCCUGGCGGACAUCAUCACCUCCGACAUCCUGCACAGCUUCCUGUACGGCCGCUGGAGGCACGUGCUGGGCGAGCACCAGCAUCACCUGCAGCACGAGGACCGCACCGGCCCGAGCGCGAGCCCCAAGACCGCGUUCACCGCCGAGGUGCUCGCGCAGUCCUUCUCCGGAGAGGUGCAGAAGUUGUCAAGUCUGGUUCUUCCCAGUGAAGUGAUCAUCGCUCAAAGCUCCGUCCCCGGUGAGGGUCUCGGGAUCUUCUCCAAGACCUGGAUCAAGGCCGGAACAGAGAUGGGUCCGUUCACCGGCCGCCUCAUCUCCCCCGAACACAUCGACCUGUACAAGAACAACAACCUCAUGUGGGAGGUGUUUAACGAGGACGGGACGGUCCGGUACUUCAUCGACGCCAGCCAGGAGGACCAGAGGAGCUGGAUGACCUACAUCAAGUGCGCCAGGAACGAGCAGGAGCAGAACCUGGAGGUGGUCCAGAUCGGCAGCAGCAUCUUCUACAAGGCCGUGGAGACCAUCCCUCCUGACCAGGAACUCCUCGUCUGGUACGGAAACUCCCACAACACGUUCCUGGGAAUCCCUGGGAUUCCUGGAGGAGACGAGGAGCAGAGCAAGAAAACCAAGACGGAUGACUUCCACACCUGUGAAGGCUCCUCCUCCUCCUCCUCCUCCUCCUCUUCCUCCUCCUCCUCCUCUUCCUCCUCCUCCUCCUCCUCCUCCUCCAGUCUGGGUCGCAUGCGUUGCGUCAUCUGCCACCGCGGCUUCAACUCGCGCAGCAACCUGCGCUCGCACAUGCGGAUCCACACGCUGGACAAGCCGUUCGUGUGUCGGUUCUGUAACCGGCGCUUCAGCCAGUCGUCCACGCUGAGGAACCACGUCCGGCUGCACACGGGCGAGCGUCCCUACAAAUGCCACGUGUGCCAGUCCGCCUACUCCCAGCUGGCCGGGCUCCGGGCGCACCAGAAGAGCGCCCGGCACCGGCCCAGCGGGGACGCCGGCGCCCCGGGGGGGGGCGUGGUGGUGGUGGGCGGAGCAGGAGGAGGAGUCGGGGUCGGGGGAGGCGUGCACUCGCCUCCUCCGUCUCACCCCCCGCCACAGCUGACCACCGUACCCCACCCAGCGUCCCUGGUCCACCACAUCCCCACCAUGGUGCUGUGAUGUGGGACCGGUCUCACCCGUCCUCACCCGGUCUCACCCGGUCUCACCCGGUCUCACCCGUCCUCACCCAUCCUCACCCGGUCUCACCUGGUCUCACCCAGUCUCACCCAGUCUCACCUGGUCUCACCCAGUCUCCCCUGGUCUCACCUGGUCUCACCCGUCCUCACCCGGUCUC